AUUUGUGGAUAGAUUAUUCUCGAAAAAUACUAUUCUUUAUAUACGAUUGUUUUCGAAGAAAAUAAAGCUUUUUUAAAAAUACGAAAAAAGAUUAAACUUUGAUCAUUAAAAUGAUAUUGUAAUCAAAAUCAAUCAAAAAUGAUGUCUGUUAUUAUCGAUAAUGUAAAAACUAUUAAAGAAAUAAACGAUAAUGAACAGUCUUAAUAUCGAAUCAUCGAUACUUCUGUGACGUCACAUACAUAGAUGGCGGAUAGUUAGUGUUUGUUGGUAAACGAAGUUCUCGUAAAAAUGUUUGAUCACAAAUUAUUUUAUAAUACUAUAUUAUCGCAAACUUUUUCAAUCGAUGGGAAUUACCUUGCAGCAGGAAAUAUUUACGGUGAUAUAUCCAUAUUUGAUUUAACGAAAGUUUUGACACCUCAUAAAGUCGAAGAAAAUGAGUUGCAAGGUCCUAAUUAUCGUUCGACCGUCUAUCCUGAUCAACAUGUCGAAAGCAUGAUCGCAACGAAUAAUUUUUUAAUUAUUGGUACAGUCGGUGAAAUAUCAGGAUGGGAUUGGAAAGUAGUUGCAUCUAGUAAAGCUACUAAGAGCAAACCAUCAUGGGUUAUUCAAAUUCCAGCUAAUAAAGAUAGUUACGAAAAGCCUGAUGUAAAUUUUAUGGUAUAUUCCAAAUUAAAUAAUAUUUUAUAUGCCGGUUGCGGAGACAAUAAUAUUUAUGUUAUAAAUUUGGAAGAAGGAAAAAUACUUAGAAAUUUACAAAGUCACACUGACUUUAUACAUUGUUUAUCUUUAGCAGGUAAUCAACUUGCAUCGAGUAGCGAAGAUGGAUCAGUUAGGUUAUGGGACUUACGUAAAAAAGAAAAUACAAAUAUCUUGAAUCCACAUAUGGUAGAUAAAGUGGCACGUCCAAAGUUUGGUAAAUGGAUAGGUGCUGUUGAUUUCACGGAAGAUUGGUUGCUAUGUGGCGGUGGACCUAGUUUAUCUUUAUGGCAUAUGCGCACAAUGGAACCUGCCACAGUAUUUGAUCUUACCGAUCAAGGAAUUCAUGUUGCACAUAUAUAUGAAGAACGUAUCAUAGCAGCUGGUGCUGCACCUCAUGUAUAUCAUUUAACUUAUCAAGGAGAAACAUUAGCUAAAGUGCCAACGUCUAGUAAUACAGUUUAUUCUACUGUUUAUCAAGAAAUACCACAGAAGGUGCUUAGCAUAGCGGGGUCAUCGAACAAUCUUGAUUUAUGUACAAACUUUAAUUAUAGGGAAAUGACUUUAAAAUUUGCAUAAUAUACGAUUUUAUAUUUACAGAA